UCAAAUAUUAAUUAAAAGAAUAAACUGACCACACGAAUUUAAGCCGAAGAGUCAGUUCACUGCAAAAAAGCGUCCUCGGCUGAGCUAGUUCCGAUUCGCAUCUACAGCAAUUCAAUUUACGUGGGCGCGUAAGAUAUGUUCUUAUCCAAAAAUGCUGCCGUGGAUCAGGAACCAUCCGAUUUGGUCAACGCUUAUCAUUGGCGCCGGCACCAUUGCCGCCUCCGAGGUGCUAUGGUAUUUCUACAAUUAUGUACGCGACCGGCUGAAUUGGCGCCUGGCGCAGGUCCACGAAGUGCUCAUGUUCAACGAGCUGGGCUUUGAGUGUUUCUUGGAGCAUCGGGCGCACAGCCGAAAGGGUAAAUUUUUCAUUUGCGCGAACACGCACUGCACCCAGCGCCACAUCGAGCGAGUCGCCGAACAGUUGGCACGUGCCAAAUACAGCAUUGACCUGGCCAUGUAUUCAUUGAGCUCGCCGGAGAUUUUGCUUGCCCUGGGCAGGGCACUGCAACGCAACGUGGCCAUACGCCUCAUUGUUAGCCAACCUGUGGGUACAUCGAUCAACCUCGCGAUAUUUAAUCUCAUGCGCGGGGGCCUAAGAGUCCGCAGCCAGCCAUUUGUUGGUUUUAUGCAUCACAAAUUCUGUGUGAUCGAUGGACGCACGCGGGUCGAUCACAUUUGGGGUCGGAAGCGACGCUCGUAUGGCCCGCCACCCACCUACAGCGUGCUUAUCAAUGGCUCCGUCAACUGGACACAGGGCGGCUUUGGCGCCAACUGGGAAAAUCUGGUCAUCACCUCCAAUCACCUGUUGGCCAGCGAAUUCCAGGCGGAAUUCGAUCGCAUGUGGAAGGCAUUUAAAGGAACCGAUUAACCAAUCGAAUGAGCCCUAAACGGAUUUACUGGAUUGUACUUAUAAAGUCUCUACCUGAUUCGUUUGAACUACGAUGAGCUUUAUUGCAUAUUCAGUCAAUUAAGUGAUCUUUCCUUUUGUAGUAUAAUUUCUAGUUGAAUUCGGUGUGUAUAGAGAAUAUAUAUUAAAUAGUAUUAAGUGUUUAAUUAAUUUAAUUAUGUUGAA